AUGUCGACCUGUUCAACUUGCAGUAAAUCAAUCACAAGAACCCAGCUAAAGAUUCAGUGUAAUGAUUGUUCAAAACCAUUUCAUGCUGUGUGUGAAAAACUUAGUAAGGUGGAUGUCGAAUUUUUCACGGGUGAUGGAGGUGCAGUGUGGCGGUGUGCACCUUGUGCGAAGGAAAGGCGGACCAGCCUACGUUUAGAGUCUAGCCUAACACAAGGCUCUUUGACCUUGGAGGAUGUUAUGAAGGCGAUACAGGACCUCAAGGCUCAGCAGGUACAAUCUUGUAAAGAUUUCAAUAACUCUUAUGAAGCCUUAAACUCUAAAGUAGAUGAUAGCCUAAAAGUGAAUACAGACCUCUCUGAAAAGUUAAGUAAGUUUAUUACUACAAUAGAGAGACUAGAAUCAGAAAAUGUGCAGCUCAAAGUAAAACUGCAUGCCCUUGAGUCUAGGCUGGAAGAGCAAGAGCAGUAUACAAGAAGGAAUUGUAUUGAAAUACAGGGUGUCCCUGUGAGAAAUAAUAAUGUAAUGGACACAGUCAAGGAUGUUGGCAAAGCUCUUGGGAUGGAGAUCAAGGAGGAGAUGAUAGAUGCUUGCCAUACAUUGGGCAAGAGGAAGGAUGCUGAGGGACCUCCGGGAAUAAUUGUAAAAUUUGUACGGAGGACUGAUGCUGACAACCUUUUAGCAAAACGCCGAGCCAAGGCCCAAUUCUCAACUAGACAUCUCAACCUGGGAACUGACAACCCUGUUUACCUGAACGAGUCCCUGACGCCAGCGAGGAGGAUGCUCUUGAAAAAGGCACGAGACUUUCGACGGACCAACGGAUACAAGUGGCUCUGGGUGAGAGGAGGCAAAAUCCUGAUGAGAAAAGAAGACAACGGACCAGUAAUAAAUGUGAAAUGCCAGUCUGACCUUGAUAGCUUGUAA